AUUUACGCCGGCGCCUGGUCAAAAGGUAUGCGUCAGGGCUUAGGUGUUCGCAAAUCCGCUCCUUGGGGUCUGGCAGCAGAGCAUCACAGCACAGUGCGGGCUGCUCAAUCCCAGAGCAGCUUGCCUUCUACACACGACUCCGACCGUGGUGGUUGGCGAGGUCCUGGAAGCUCUGGUGGUUCUGCCGGCUCUGUUGACCAUAUCCAUGGUGGACGGUUUGAAACCUUCCGCUCGGGAUUCGUGCUCAAGGCCACCUCAUACCCUCCUGGCUCCACACCUCCACCCUCUCGUUCUCAAUCUGCCACCCCCUUUCGAUCCUCCUCCAACGACAGACGCACCUCUCUCAAACAGUUCCUACUGCGCAAACUGCGGAAACCCAAAUCCACCGGUGAUUUAAGCAGCGUAGGUCCCCAUACCAUUGGGGGACCUGGCUCUGCUGGCUCUGGUCGAUUCGGUGGAAUACAUGGGCCUCGUGCCGGUGGUUCCUUACGCUCAAACAUCAGUGGCGCCACAGGAAACUCUAUGUUCGUGGAGCACCAAAGUCGAGUUGACAGUGCCGGAAUUGGUGCGACAGACAGCCUGGACGAACCACUGGGGCCAAACGUGACAGAGACUUACAGUGGUCAAUGGAAUGAAGAUCGAAGAUCUGGCUACGGUGUGGCCGAGAGAUCGGAUGGUCUCCGCUACGAAGGGGAGUGGUUUAACAAUAAGAAGGAUGGUUACGGAGUUACCUAUCAUCCAGACGGAAGUCGAGAAGAGGGCCGCUACAAAGAGAACAUAAUUGUUCAGCCACUGAUGAAGAGGACCAAGCUUUACCUCCUCAGGCAUUCAAAGUUAAAGGAUAAUGUGGAAGAGGCUGUGAGGAAAGCCCGAGAAGCUCAAACUGCCCGGAGUGUUGCCAAGACUGCCGAACUUAGAGCGGAGGAGGCAAAGAAUAUUUCGGAUCAGGCGCGCGCGAUCGCCACAGAAUUCGCUUCCGAUUUCAUUCAAAUGGGGGUGCAAUGGGAGAGGAGCAAUCCCUUUGCCCACAUGAUCACUCGCAGUGGAACCCCUUCGACCACCGCACAGGUCGCCUCUAAUGGGGUGACCAUGAGGUUGGCAAACACCAACAACCUCUUCGUCAACAGCCUUGAGGUGAGCGGCGGCAACCGACGCGGCAGUUUUCGGUCUAGUUUUAAACGCAGCACCAGCGGCACUCUUAACGAAAGCAAUUUGGACGGACCCAAACCAGGUGAAGAAAUCAAACCACAGGAGGCACAGGGCGAAAAUCCUAUCAUCAUCGCUUACCGCCUCGUCGACUUAUUUAGUGGGGGCGCUAGUCGGAAUAUGGGGAGAUCAAGCGCACCAAUCGCAUUUUGGCAAGACUUUGUGAUUAAAUUGGCACGUCAACCGUUCGAACCCCCAAGCGUCAAUAGACGCGUCAUCGUAGCCCGAAAGCCGAAGCGUAGGUACGAGGGCACGGCAAUGAACAAGAGCAGGUCUUAG